AUGGCGUCCCACCCUCCCGCCGAAUGCUGCGCCGUCGGCACCCUCUUUGCCGGCACGCCUUCCGGAGAGUCCAUCAAGAUCGACGACGGCAGAGUCGAGGCCUACGUAGCCAAGGCGACCGGCAGCAGGGCGCGCAAAGGCUGCGGGAUCCUCUACCUGCCGGACGUCAUCGGCAUCUGGCAGAACAGCAAGCUCAUCGCCGACGGCUUCGCUGCCAGCGGAUACACGACGCUCGUCGUCGACCUGUUCGACGGUGACGCCGUGCCGCCCAACCCGCCCAAAGGCUUCCAGUUCUUCGACUGGCUCGAGCGCGGCACCGACGGCAGGAGGCCACACACGGCCGAGCAUGUCGAUCCCAUUGUCGUCAAGGGCGUCAAGGCGCUACGGGAGCUCGGCGUCGACAAGAUUGCCGCCGUCGGAUACUGCUUUGGCGCCAAGUACGUCGUUCGGCACUUGAAGGACGCCAUCGACGUUGGCUUCGUCGCCCACCCCUCCUUCGUCGAGGAGGACGAGCUCGCGGCCAUCGGCGGCCCGCUCUCCAUCGCCGCCGCCGAGACGGACCAGAUCUUCCCGCCGGAGAAGCGUCGCAGGAGCGAGGAGAUCUUGGCCAAGACCGGCCAACCCUACCAGAUGACCCUCUACAGCGGCGUCUCCCACGGCUUCGCCGUACGGGGCAAGCAGGAGGUGCGUGUCCAGAGGUUCGCCAAGAGGGAAGCCUUUCGCCAGGCCGUCACCUGGUUCGACGAAUUUCUCGACGCCGACGGCGGGGACCGUCGCAGCCGACGGCAUUCUCUUUUGUGA